AUACAGAUCACUUGGAUUCAGACGAGUUUGCUUUGCUCCGUGGGAACUGCACCAGCGCUGGAGGUGUGAAGUCCCGUUGGGUACCAUCUGGUCAGUUCCCCAUUUGACCACUAGGAGGAUUAUGAGAUGCAGCGACCACUGCUGAUUUAAAUAUGCAGAUACUCAUCUCUGUCUUCUGACUUGCAGCUUUAGUAUUGAAAUGUUGCCUGAUUCAAAUUAUCUGGCUUUCCUUCAGAAGAGACUUUAUCUUUAUCUUACAGCUUCAAUUUCUGAUCUCAAAGGGAGAAAAUAUAAAAAUUAAGAUUCUGAUGUUUUCUUCUAUAAUAGAGAAGUCUGAAAAAGAACUGUUUGAUAUGCAGAUAUGCUAGAAGACUGCCUGAAAGCUGCUUCCUUUGCCACUUCCUGUGGAGGCCUGUCUUUGCCAUUUGCGGUUUCUUUCUUCUUUUGUGUGAGUGUAACUCAAGAAGGCAGGAAGGAACUGAAAGAAAACUUACAGAGUGACCAGAUCCAUAUUCCUGUCUUUGGUUAGCAUCUUGCAAGGAGGUAGUAAUAUAUCCAGUCGUGAAACUGGGAAAGACAAGAGCUCUUGGAUCAGGGAAACAUGUCCCGUCGGAAACAGACAAAUCCAAAUAAAGUUCACUUCCUGGAAAAGUUGUAUAAAACGGAACCAGUUGGAUGCUUCUAGGAGUGUAUUCUGGAACAGGGGGACGUGCAAGGCUACUUAAUGUACAGGGGAUCAAGUAUUUGCUGGGCUAGAAGAGCAAGCCCGCCAGGCGAUGAUGAAAACUGAUUUUCCUGGAGACCUUGGCAGUCAGCGACAAGCUAUCCAACAACUAAGAGAUCAGGACUCCAGUAGCAGUGACAGUGAGGGUGAUGAAGAGGAGACCACACAAGAUGAAGUCUCUUCCCACACAUCAGAGGAAGAUGGAGGGGUGGUCAAAGUGGAGAAAGAGUUAGAAAAUACAGAACAGCCUGUUGGUGGGAACGAAGUGGUAGAGCACGAGGUCACAGAGAAUUUGAAUUCUGACCCCUUGCUUGAACUCUGCCAGUGUCCCCUGUGCCAGCUAGACUGCAGGAACCGGGAGCAGCUGAUUGCUCACGUGUACCAGCACACUGCAGCAGUGGUGAGCGCCAAGAGCUACAUGUGUCCUGUCUGUGGCCGGGCACUUAGCUCCCCAGGGUCAUUGGGUCGCCACCUCUUAAUCCACUCGGAGGACCAGCGAUCUAACUGUGCUGUGUGUGGAGCCCGGUUCACCAGCCAUGCCACUUUUAACAGUGAGAAACUUCCUGAAGUACUCAAUAUGGAAUCCCUACCCACAGCCCACAACGAGGGCCCCUCCAGUGCUGAGGGGAAGGACAUUGCCUUUAGUCCUCCAGUGUAUCCUGCUGGAAUUCUGCUUGUGUGCAACAACUGUGCUGCCUACCGUAAACUACUGGAAGCCCAGACUCCCAGUGUACGCAAGUGGGCCCUUCGUCGACAGAAUGAGCCUUUGGAAGUAAGGCUGCAGCGGCUGGAACGAGAGCGCACAGCCAAGAAGAGCCGGCGGGACAAUGAGACCCCUGAGGAGCGGGAGGUGAGGCGCAUGAGGGACCGUGAAGCCAAGCGCUUACAGCGCAUGCAGGAGACAGAUGAGCAGCGGGCACGCCGGCUGCAGCGGGAUCGGGAGGCCAUGAGGCUGAAGCGAGCCAACGAAACACCAGAAAAGCGGCAGGCCCGGCUCAUCCGAGAGCGAGAGGCCAAGCGGCUCAAGAGGAGGCUGGAGAAAAUGGACAUGAUGUUGCGAGCUCAGUUUGGCCAGGACCCUUCUGCCAUGGCAGCCUUAGCAGCUGAAAUGAACUUCUUCCAGCUACCUGUAAGUGGCGUGGAGUUGGACAGCCAGCUUCUGGGCAAGAUGGCCUUUGAAGAGCAGAACAGCAGCUCUCUGCACUGAACGACACCUUCCUGUCUGCCUUCUUGCCUGCCAUCCUACCCACCCACCCACACACACGAGGCCCUGUCCUUGUUGCCAGAGGCAGGCCCGGGUUUGUUGCAGGUGGACCUGUGUGGCCCUUGCAUGUGGGAGCAGGAUGAUGGGGUCAGGAGGGACCUGGCUCAAGGCAGCUCUGGACAAGGGAGCAGGCACUCCAGAGAACUGGACUCCCCAGCCCACUGCCACAGGCCUGCUUCUAGGACUGUGGGGCCCCUGUGUGGCCCAUGAAGUUGUGAGGUCAAAUAAAUUAAUUUUAUCUUUAC